GCAGUAUGGAUAAUCCGGUGUUUUGUGAAAUGCCUAGGCAUUAUAUAAAAUGCCAAAAAUCACUCGGAAAUAUGCACAAUACGAACUUUGCCUAGGUAUUAUGUAUAAUGCCAGAAGUGAAAUAGGAAAUAUGAUCAAAAUAAACAAAAUUGGGUAUCGACUAUUACUAGAGCGCGGUUUUUUGCAAGGAUUGUUUUUUAUUUAUUUAAAAUUUACAAAUUAAUUAAUAAUAAAAAUCUAUUAUUUUCAAUCAAUCUAUUAUAAUUUAUAAAGAUAACUGACAAAAAUCCAAAAAUGUGAAAAGAAAAAAAUAUGCAAUUGCAUAGAAAUCUGCGCUUUACCUAUUCAGUAUUCACCAACGACUUUACUUAUCGUUUAUUGUAAAUGCGUGUGCCGGCCGCCGCGUGAUGAUUUGACACAAUAAAGAUAAGAAUCUUAAUCUUUAUUGCAUCAGAUUCAUACCCUACUAUAAAAAUAAUAAUUCUGACGAACUAUAUUGAACAUAUUUUUAUUAUUUUAUCGUCAUUUUCGUAUCUCGUCGCGGUGUGAACUAAAUUGAACAUUCUUACUUUUAUUAUUUUAUCGUCAUUCUCGUUUCUCGUAGCAGUGUGGCAUUAUUAUGGAUACGAUUAAUAUGAAGUCAAAUUUUUAUAACGAACUACAUAAAAACCGUAAAAAUUUGGCUAAUAAUACUAGUUUUUUGUCUGAUGAAAAAUAUAACGAAUUGAUAGAAAUUAUUGCAGAACUUAAAACUGGACGUAAGAAAAAAGAGCCUAAAGACUUCCGUUUAAUCAAAAGGUAUGAUAUACUGGUUGUACAAGGAAAAACGAAACUUAUAUUCCCUGUAAAAGAUGACAAUGUUGUUCUGUAUUAUGUGCCAACCAGUGAGCUAUUUGAUAUAUUGCAAGCCACACAUGUAUCAAUAGGACAUGGUGGGCGUGAUCGAAUGAUCAAAGAACUUGGUAAUAAAUAUAAAAAUAUAACACGUAGUGAUAUAGAGACAUUUUUGCAUUUUUGUGAACCAUGUCAACAAAAACAAAAAGGCUCGAAAAAAGGAGUGGUAGUUAAACCAAUAAUAUCUCCAGACUUUAAUUCCCGAUGCCAAGUUGAUUUAAUAGACUUCCAGUCUCAUCCUGAUGGAAAAUUUAAAUUUAUUAUGGUGUACCAGGAUCACCUCACUAAACACAACCACACGAUGUAAUAAGUACGAUAGAAAAUGAAGAACAGUUAGCUGAAUUAAUUACAGAACAGUCACAAAAAGUCGAAAAUGAAGUAUCAGCUGACACAGAACAUAUCACAGAACAACCACAAAAUAUUGAAAAUGAAGUAACAGAAACAGAAAAAAUUACAGAACAACCACAAAAUAUUGAAAAUGAAGUAACAGAAACAGAAAAAAUUACAGAACAACCACAAAACAUCGAAAAUGAAGCAUUACAUACAGAACAACAAUUAGCUACAACUAUCAAAUUAAAUAACGAAAACGCCAAUAUCAUGCGAACUAGAGCCAAAGAAAAUCUGGAAAAUCAAGCAAAAAAAAUGAUGGCGUGGUCGGAUAAGAAGCUAUUACCGGUGGCAAUUCAUUCAACUGUACGUGUUCCAGUUCCUGAGGUAGAUAAAGGACGUUUAGAUGCAAGAAG